GUCUUGGCGAACGGUGUCUCCGGGGUUUGCAAUACUCAUACCGUCCGUCUUCAGUGCAUUAUUUGUGAUAGUCCUGCUAGGGCCUUUCUGAAGCAAGUGAAGGGAGAUACAGGAUAUUAUGGCUGUGAUUAUUGUACACAAAAGGGUGUGCACAUUGGCACACGUAUAACUUUUCCCUCGUUGACAGCUCCCCUGCGUCGUGACUAUGAUUUCCGGACCAGAAUGCAAGAGAAGCACCAUAUAGGUCCAAGUCCGAUGGAGGAGUUGAAUUUUCCCAUGAUUGACGGUUUCCCACCAGAUUACAUGCAUAGCGUGUGUCUUGGUUUAGUGCGGGUUUUUCUCAUCUUACUCAGAGCUAUGCCAAUUGGACACAAGGCCAGGCUUUCUUUGGAGUCCUGGAAUCUGCUGAAUGCUAACAUUGAGCAACAGAGUUUGGCUCUGAGUAUUGAUUUCCCCCGAAAAUGUAGAGGUGUCGUAGACCUGGAUCGGUGGAAGGCAUCUGAGCUACGACAGUUUCUUCUGUACAUAGGACCCGUUGUUUUACGAGACAUCUUACACCCUGACGUUUACGAAUGUUUCAUGCUGUUCACCUUUUUUUCACAACAUUAUGCUAAUUUUUUAAUUGAUGUUUCCAAGGUUGCGGUGUCAAAAUUUGCUGCUAUUUUUGGUCCCAGCCAUUUAUGCGGACUGGGUGCGGAAAUAUCGGUACUGGGUACGGAUUUUCCGCACCCGGGUGCAGAAGUGUGCGGAUAUUGUGAGGAAAUUUCCGCACCCGGGUGCAGAAGCGUGCGGAAAUUUCCGCAUCCGGGUGCGGAUAUUGUGCGGAAACUUGUUUCAUUUCCGCACUGGUUCCGCACCCGGGUGCAGAAAUCUGCAGAAAUUUCUGCACCGGUGCCAACUGGGCACAAGCUGCACCCAAACGUUUCCCUUCUGCUACGUUAUAUUCUGUCCAAC